AUGUGCGAUGUGUGUGUUGAUUUCCACGACCUUUUGCUCUCAUACGAGGAACGAUCCUCGAAAGAGCCUGAUGAAGUUGUCUCGCUUUGUGCCACAGAUGUGGACAUAAUUCUCCACUAUGUAAACCAAUGGGUUCAAAGGCAAUGCAUGUGCUGUUACCGUGAUUCCAAGAACUUUGACAGAUUUAUCCGUCUAACACACAGCGUAGUUUUGUGUACACUUCAGCAGCUGAAGGCUAUUUUGCAAACAAAAAAAGACGAAGGAGAGGACAAAGCAAUUGGAUGUGAUAAUGAUGACAAGAAUAAAGAAACAGAGAAUGACAAAGAAUCACGCGAGAAAGCGGACGCGAAAGAGGAAAAGGAAAAAGGUGGCGAGUCGUCAACAGCAGUAGCAGCCAGUGAUUAUAAAACAAAACAUCGCUGGACUCAACAAGAUCGUGAAAAAUUAUUCCAUUUGCUAUCAAAGAUAUUUCUUUUAAAUUUUCCCUUGUACAUUGCAAUGAAGCACGGUGGUGCUUUAAAUCCCCUUGCGCCAGUAAAAGACGAGGGUGGAUUUUGCGAACCUCAAGACCCAGAAGUACCAGCACCACUGAUACGAGUUGUUUCAUUAUUUUGUCGUGAAAACGGUAUAAAUUUAUUGUCUUCCUGUUUUGACAUGGAGGAACCACUUUCAGUAAGUUUGGCUCACUCGAUGGUCGCUAUUAUUUGUAACCUAAAGCUGUGGCUUAAUUAUCCCAGUGUAUUGCAAUUAUUUGUCCCACUGAGGAGUCGAGUUAUGAAGUACAUGUGUCGUCUUGCUGAUAAAGAUUUACGAACACCAGCCGUUAGGACAAUGGCUGAUUUUAUGUGGAGCGCUGUUAAAGACGCUGCUGAUGCAGUACUCCCAACUUUUGAUCGCGAUGGUUUGGAUUUGGCUUUUAAAUAUUUUACAAGCACAACUCUUACAAUGAGAUUAGCGGGAAUCGCUCAGAUAAAUGUCCACAUUACAGCAUUCAAUGAAUUAUGUAACAGCGAAACAGUUGCUGAAGUGGAGCAAGUUGGUCACGCGUUAGCCGCCUGGUUAACUGAAAAUAAUAUAAUAUCACAUAUAUUCGGUCCAAACUUACACGUUGAAGUGAUCAAGCAGAGUCAUAUUGUCUUGAGCUUCCUGGCGAUGGAGGGUAGGAUAUCCUCCACGGACAUGGACACCAUGUGGCAAGCUGCCCAAUUAAAACAUUGUGCUCGUCCAGUUUACGACUUACUUGCACCUCUGGUUAAACAUUUAGCAGCAACACCAGUCUUACAUCUCUACUCAUUGCUCGGGAAACUCGAGCCAAAAGAUCACACUGAGCAGAGUCUCUUCUUAGCUUCGGCGUUGAUUAAAUUUAUAUGGACGUCUGGAGCUCCGGGUUAUCCCGGAGGAUUAUCAAUUAAAAAUCGCGACUUGUCGCGUGGUCCAGAUGACAUUGACAGCAGUAGCAGCGAUCCAAGUGGCAUGGACGGGAGCAGUCCAGAAGAAGAAGAAGAAGAAGAAGAAGAAGAAGAGGAGCCCAGUCCAGCUCCAUCAGACGGUCCAUCACCCAGAAAACAAGCUCGAGGUGACAGCAGCGACUGCGAGGGACACUGUAAAGGAAAACGUAUUGAUAGAAUGCCAGUGGAGUCCAAUUUGGAAGUUGAUGAAUUUAAUGGUGAUAAAUUAGACCGCAAUACACCGCCGAUUACUACCAGCCCGAUUGACGAUGAAACUAAUACCGAGGGCAGGUUGUACAGUAAAAAAAAUAAAAAUCAAAGUGGUUCGGACGCCGAAGCCGACACUGAAAAAUCAGCAGCUGAGGAGCCAGUUGUGCAUGAGAAAAAGAAAAGGAAAAUAUUACGAAAACGUAAAACACCACAAAAACGUCUUGUAAAUGUUAAAGAUAAUAUACAGGGUAGUAAUAUUGUUGUGUCUGAAGACAGAGAGUUACAGGAUUUGCUUAGUGAGGGACCAGAUUCGUUGGAUAUUGAGGACAAAUCUAGGAUAGAGACUUCGCUAUUGGAUUCGUCGAUUAAAGAUCCUAAAAUAGACACUCUGGACUGUGUAAAGCAGCAGCAGAGGUCAAUGCUGGAGCCAAACGAUCAACAGGUUCCUACAACAGCCUUGUUGAGAAGUACCAGCAAGAAUAGUGAUAAAUACAUGUCUCUAGUUGAACACGGAUCAUUGACGAGAGACCCGGAUUCAAUUGAUAGUUCACACGACGAAGACAGUGAUCCAGUAGCGGGAGGUGUUGUAGCUUCAGCUGGCGCUACAGCAGGUGCCGUUAUUUCAGAGCUUGCUGGCCUUGUUCAUGCUACUGGGCAGUCAUUUUUACCUUCUGGCCUCGAUGACAUGCUGUCUGACGAAGAAGGGUCUUACAGCAGCAGAAUAUCAAACAAGAGUGAGAAAAAUAUGGCUGAUUUUGAUGGAGAAGAGAGUGGAUGCGAGGAAGAGUUGGCGCAAUUAGCAGCUAGACACUUGAGUACAAUACAAAUGCAAGCAUUUACACCGCAUUCUCAUCACCAUAAUCAUCAUCAUCAGCAUCAUCACCACCAUCACCAUCACGGUCCUCUUGCUAUGACCAUCAGGAGAUCAGUUUUUCGGCCGCCACAAGUUCGCAGAAGGGCCAUAAGACAGUCAAUGAGCUCUCGACUUGCAUCUCAAUUUAAUUUGGACACUGUAUGUAAACCUGGCAACACAUUGCUGUGGGAUCUUCUUCAGGACGAUAAAAUCGGGCAAUUAGGCGAAGGAUUGGCUCUGGAAGCUGAAAAAGCACUUUGUAAUCUUUUAUGUUUCAAUGUUGACCGUUUAAUUCCUAUGAAAUUCAUCGAAGGCUGCUUGGAGAAUCUCGCAGCAAAUCACUCAGUUGUCGUCUCACUUAGAUUACUGCCAAAAUUACUCGCCAGUUUUCAACAAUUUGGAGCUAUGGACGCACACACUAUCACCACUUGGGCUGACCGUGAGCGUGGUAUGAUGAAACAUUUUUUCAAUAAUUUAAAAACAUACACAAGUAAUUACGCAAAUAGUUCAAAUAAUUGUAGUAUUACGAAUUUAUAUUCACAUCAAACAGAAGUACAAGUGAGAUUGCAAUUUUUAUCUUCAAUAUUUUCACCUCUGGGAUCACCAGAUUGCUUUCGUUUAAGUUUAGAGCAAGUGGACAUACUUUGGCAAUGCUUGUCGCAAGAUCCGACUUGUGCUGAUGAACUUUUUAGCUGGUUAUUGAGCCAGGCUAAGUCAACAGAGCAACACGCACUGGGAAUGGACACUCUUAAGCACUUGUGUAUGCGCAAAUUGCCGAGUUUACCACCAGAAACUAUCAGUAUGACCGGAUUGAGUUUAUUUCAACAACUGUGUAAUUUAGCUCGUUUGGCAGCUGCUCAUCUAGAUCGUCCGCUCCGAGAAGUUGAUACCGUGGGUAUGGAUUUUCUUUGGCGAAUAGCACUGCGAGCCAAGUCUACAGACGUGAGUAUGGCUGCUAUUCAGUAUCUAAACGGUUAUUACAUGUCCCGACAAUUGACUCAAGAAGCAGAAUUCGUGUCUCAAUGCAUGACUCACCUGGAAGCAGCGAGUGGUGAUUUGGAAACCAACGAAGAAGCGAGUCUCCGUUGUAUACAGCGAGCUCUUUUGCUUCUUCGCACUCACUUGGAGGCAUUUAGAAAACGAUACGCGUAUCAUUUACGCCGAUGGGCAUUGGAGGGACGUGGAGCCGGCUCUCACGUCGCUAUGAGCAAUUCUGACAAAGGACAGCACCUGAAAAUUUACGUACAACCCGCUGGAAUCCCCGACAAAACAACAUUUUCACUCCUAAGUACGGAUUAUGUCGCUGACCUGAGAGCGGAAGUAGCCAAGUGGUGGGACGACACGCAAAAUAAUAAAACAAAUUCAGAAUCUUCAGCGUCAGGAUCAUCAAACACCAACUCUACGGUUCUUGGUACUCUUUUGACUGACGGUCCUAUCAGAAUGAUUACUCAAGGCCAAGAAUUGACUUUUGAGUACGAUGAGAAAACACUGCAAGAGAUGGGCUUCAAAGACGGACAGCUGGUGUUUAUUUCUCUCGGCGCGGCUGGCAAUCGCGGUGGGAAUGUCAGUGGCCGUGGAAAACGGGAUGUUGACUCGGCUUCACUAUUACCUCCGCCGCCCCGUGAAUCACUACCAACAUUAUUACUUUUAAAACCGCAGUACUUUGAACAGCUGUUUACAUUAAUGAGGACCUUGAGUGCAAUGAAGUCAAUGGUGAAAGGCGGACUUAAAAUACCACAUACCAAAGCACAAGUUUUAUCUCGCAGAGUAUGGGAUACUCUUAUGCUGCUACCUACGAGCCCGACUUUACUUCGUGGCUUCCAGAAGCUCGGUGAGACUUCUCUACCCGAGUUGCUUGACCCAGCAAGCCCUCAAAAACUCAUGUACUCGCUGUACAUCGUCGAGUCGCUCAGCAGAAAGAAUCCUUCAUCUUCUCCAGUCUCGUGCUCGACUACAGUGACAAUAACUCCCGUCCACGAAGGUGGAGGUGACGCCUCCGAAGACACCCAGGACACCAAAGACCAGCCGGUCAGUGAAGACUCGGUACCUUGGGCAACUCACUUUGUCCAGCACGGCGGUCUGCGUCAUCUCUUUGAUAUUUUCAUAUCAGGCUGCCUAGAACGCGGCGACGGGAGCGAAUGGCAGCAGGACUGCUUGGCGAGUCUCCUCAAGCAGCUCUGUCAUCUUGGAGUUGUCCGUGAAGAGAAGAAACGACCUAAAUCGGAAAAAUUAAUAGUCCCCCGACUGAGUGACGCAAUGUUGUCGAUGAUGACCGUCGACACGGUAAUGACCAGGAUUACCAGUAUUUUAAACGCCGCUUCAAUGCCCCGGGAUCCUAAUCACUACAAAACUGGGCUCUUUGGAAGGUCACAGGUCAUUCACUACACCAUGGCUCUGCUGGUGUGCUGGGUUCACAGCGACUCUCGAGUCAGACAGAGUCUCUUCUCAUCCUCUGAAUUAUUCGGUAAGACCUGGCUCCGGAGACUUAUUCUAGAAGAUCCUGAGCCAGCAGUACGGAGAGAAGUCUGCACUGCUCUUUACCGACUCUGUUUGGGAACUACUGUCCACGAAGAAGACGAAGACAAAACCAACGAAAAAUCCGACAAUACUGGAUUAAUUGUCCCGAUGUUGAACACUCUGUUGGAUCACCUGGUAAUUGCAGAAGCAAUGCAGCCGUCUCACAGACGUCGUCCUGAUCUUCCGCUGCAUCUGCACUCCGCGAUCCACGAGGACGGUAAAGAACCCUACGGCCCAGCAUGCAGGGAUUACUUCUGGCUGGUGUGUAGAUUGGUUGAUGCGUUACCAAGAGAAGCUAUCAGAGAACCUGGAAGCGAUGAGACCGAGCAAGCGACGAUAGACUUGGAAGCUCUGGCCAGCAGUGUAAUUGACUCGGUGCUAAAUCGUCAGCAUUUGGAAACUAGGCACAAUACUGUUGAAGAUGAUGCGCUGGUUGGACUUUUAAAUCUCACGUGUAAUAUUAUGUCACAUAAUCCGCCGUGCAAACAGUCUAAGGUAGGACAAAAUUUACUAGAUCGUGUCUUUGAUUUUUUGUUUGCUUUGCCGAAUUCUAGAAUGAAGCACGUUCCAAAAUGCAAAAGCCAAGUAUCAAGAUCAGCAGCGUUUGAUCUUUUAGCAGAGUUGGCCAAGUCUGCGCCGGAUAAUUACAGAAUUUUGCAUGAAAAACUUCUCGCGCAACACAAACCGGGUCCACACUCGCCGUACCCUUGGGAUUAUUGGCCUCAUGAAGACGGUCGCUCAGACUGCGGAUACGUCGGCUUAACUAAUUUAGGAGCAACCUGUUACAUGGCCAGCUGCAUGCAACAUCUGUACAUGAUGCCUCAAGCGAGACUGGCGAUCCUCAAUGCGGACUGCAAUCGCGCUAACAAACAUCAGCAGACAUUGAGAGAGCUUCAGAGAAUGUUUGCCUAUCUUUUAGAGUCUGAAAGGAAAGCCUACAAUCCACGAAGCUUCUGUCGAGUUUACACAAUGAACCACGAGCCGCUAAACACCGGAGAACAAAAAGACAUGGCUGAAUUUUUUAUUGAUCUCGUGUCAAAGCUAGAAGAAAUGACCUCGGACUUGAAGACACUGGUGAAAACUCUGUUCUGUGGAGUUAUUUCUAACAACGUUGUUUCGUUGGAUUGCGAGCAUGUCAGCAGAACUCUCGAGGAAUUUUAUACAGUUCGGUGUCAAGUUGCAGACAUGAGAAAUCUUUAUGAGAGUCUUGAUGAAGUCACGGUUAAAGACACUUUGGAGGGAGAUAAUAUGUACACCUGUUCGCAGUGUGGUAAAAAAGCUAGAGCUGAAAAACGAGCGUGUUUCAAGAAGCUGCCACACAUUUUGUGCUUCAAUACUAUGCGUUAUACGUUCAAUAUGGGCACAAUGCUUAAAGAAAAAGUAAACACACACUUUAGCUUCCCACUGAGACUUGACAUGUCGGGUUAUGUCGAGAAGAAAUUAAUUCCCCAGCAUUAUCGUGAGGACAAACGCAAAGGCGAGAACGAAAAAACAGAGUGUGAGAAUGAUGAAAAAGUAAAUUACGACAAAGAUGUUAAUAGUGACAGAGCCGAGCAUUAUCAGUACGAUUUAAUAGGUGUCACUGUUCACACAGGAACAGCUGAUGGAGGUCAUUACUACAGCUUUAUCCGAGAUCGUACUUCUGCCAACAAAGACAAGUGGUUUUUGUUCAACGACGCGGAGGUAAAACCUUUUGAUCCUAGUCAAAUAGCUGCCGAGUGUUUCGGCGGAGAGAUGACCAGCAAAACUUACGACUCUGUCACCGACAAAUUUAUGGAUUUCAGUUUUGAAAAAACCAAUUCUGCUUACAUGUUGUUCUACGAGUGGUGUGCUGAUCCGAAUUCCGAGCAGCACAAGGAAGAAGAAGCCACCGGUUCGAGUCCGUCGGUAGUGACGACCGUCCACGAAGAUCAAAGUCGUUUCAACGACAAGCUUUAUUCUCAUCUGGAGCUAAACAAAGAGCUUGAAGACUGGAUUUGGCAGGACAAUAUGCAUUUUCUUCAAGAUAAAAAUAUAUUCGAGCACACGUAUUUUAGUUUUAUGUGGCAAAUAUGCGGAUAUAUACCCGGUACAAUAUUAUCACUUUAUCCAGAAGUUACGGAGAUGUCUGCUGAAUUGUCGACGUCCUUUUUUAUGGAAACAUUUAUUCACGCUAAAGAGAAGCCGACAAUGGUCCAGUGGGUUGAGUUGCUGACCAAGCAGUUUAAUGCUUCAGCUGGAGCUUGCGCGAGAUUUCUCGAGCGCAUGGCCAGUGAUUCCUGGUGGCCUAUACAGAUUCUAGUCAAGUGUCCGAAUCAGAUGGUACGUCAAAUGUUCCAGAGACUGUGUAUUCACGUGAUACAACGACUAAGAUCCACUCAAGCGCCCUUGUACCUAUUGUGUGAGAACGAAGACGAGUCCUCGGACAACCAAUUCAACGGAGUUGGCACCCAGUCCUGUGUAACGCGAUUCGUUAGAAUGUUGCUGUCACUUAUGGAGCACGCCAAGCAGCACCUGAAACACCUCACAGAGUACUUCAGCUUUCUCUAUGAGUUCUGCAAGAUGGGAGAAGAGGAGACACUGUUCUUGAUCCGAGUACAAGCAAUAUCCACGAUGAUAAACUUUUAUCUAGGCCACAAAACUUACGAGAUGGUCGACGCAGUCAGUGAAGAAGAAGAAGAGGAGGAGGAAGAAAUAGUCGUGGCAGUACCGGCUGAAAAAUUACGACCAGCUUCGCUCGACAAGAUGAUCACCUUGAUAGCGACUCUUGUUGAAAGAAGCAGAGGGCCUGAUCAUCGAUUAACUCUUUCUCCAGCAGACCGGAACGCAGUUGCCGGCGGCAAAGGGUUCCCCUUUUUGUACCAACAAACUAGGGAUGUAAUUAAUCUAAACCAAACGCGCAAUCUCAUCCAGUCAUUGUGCCGGUGGAACGACAGGCUGGCUAUCCACAUUGUCACGAUGAUCUUCCAAGCAAUUACCAAGCACACAGACAUGUGUCAGCCAUUUUUUAAGCUGCUUACUCUGCUGACAGAAGGCUCUGGACCCGCUGGGCUGCCCUCGAUGACUCAGCUGAUUUUGGGCCGCGUUUGGGAUGCUGCUAGAACAGCUCCGCAUGCUGCACUCGAGUGGCUCGCUCUGGCUGUCACUAGGAGCAAAUUGGCGCACACUUGGGUGCUCCAGGAGCUGGACACGUGGCUCCAGCACUUUUUGAUCGAGCACUCUAAUCAGAGAGUCCGUUCUGCAGCUGCGUUUCUCCUGGUUUCGCUGGUACCGUCGACUCACUUUCGUCAAGGCUACCGAAGCACUCACCGACUUGGACUCGGGUGCAAUUCAACUCGGGAAUUCCAGUUGCCUCCCGAAGCAACGAUUAUACUUCAUCAGAUCUACACAGCGCUGCUGAGACUUCUUCAACCAGCCCGUCACUUUAUAGACAUUCAGACCCACGGUACCAUGAAGUUAACGGCAUACUUUGCAUUGAUGACCUACUGCGUGGUAUCUAAAACAGAAAAACUUAUGUUUGGACAGUAUUUAAAUGAUUUGUGGACGUUAUUCCAUCCGAAGCUUUCGGAGCCGAGUAUUCCUGUUCACCACAACAAGCAAGCUGUAUUAUUAUUCUGGCACCACGUUUGCGUAGAUUGUCCAGAAAAUGUUACAAUGAUACUCCAUAAUCCUCAUAUCACUAAAAAUAUUGCUUUUAAUUAUAUUCUAGCAGACCACGACGACCAGGACGUUGUUUUAUUUAACCGUGUGAUGCUCCCAGCGUACUACGGACUCUUGAGACUGUGUUGUCAGCAGUCCCGGGCAUUUACACGGCAACUAGCAGCACACCAAAAUAUCCAGUGGGCUUUUAAAAAUAUAACUCCACAUCCGACCCAGUAUUCAACCGCCGUCGACGAGUUGUUUAAAUUAAUGCACUUGCUGGUGGCACGGCAUCCCGAUCAAACAGAACAAGAGGAAGCGGACAUUGCGUCAUUCAGACGUGGAACAUUGUCCUCGUAUCUCCAGGGCCUCGACGGAAGAUCCUGCUGGGCUACACUUAUUUCAGCCUUCAGAAUUCUGAUUGAGUCUGACGAGGAUCGUCUGUACGUGGUCUACAACGGUGGCCUAGGAAUGGCUCUCGAGGCAUUUCACAUGCUCCAUAUAAUGUACCAUGAAGCAACUGCAUGCCACGUCGCUGGUGAUCUUGCUGAGUUGAUUGCCAUAGUGACUGAUCUCGUGAGAAGUAUGAGGACUGCUCGGGACGGUCCAGACGCUAGGAGUAUCCUAGCCAAUUGCAAAGAAUGGCCUGAUGUACUUCGAAAACUGGCAACACUACUCAACACUUAUAAUCCUCCUGAAAUAAGAAAUUUAGCUAUUGAAUUACUGAAAGAGUUGGUGAUGCUGGUACCUACAGAGGCGAUAUUGAUUCUCGCUCCGUUGCUUUCACACUGUCAUGCAGCUUUACAGGAGUCUCAUCCAGCAGUACCACCGGGUCCUUACUUACCACGCCGGUCAACGCCUUCGGGAAAAAUAGCUGCAAGACCAGCCAGGCCUAUGGUUCAAAUGGCUGUGCCACACUCUCAGCUGGAAGCUACCAAAGGUUCAGACCCCGAGUACGACAGUGCUCUUCUGGAAUUUUAUCUUCCGUACCACGAGUUGAUAGACGUCAUGUGUAGACUGGCGAUAAAUCACGAUUGCAUGACUGAAACUCUGGUGAAUCUCAGUGCAAUGUUAGGAUUUGAAGGAGUACCACUGCACCUAGCGUUGUUCCCAAGAUUGUGGCUGGACGUCCAUGCAGCUGCUCACAUUGAUCGCAAGCACAUUUCAGCGCUUCUGUGCUCGUCUUACACAGUUGACUACGUAGACGCGGUGCUGCUGGAUGAAAGAUCUUCACUUGGAGUACCAGCAAUUCACGCCUUCCUGAAGACUUUUUUCCCAAAGCUAGCAAACCACGUGCUGACUGAGCAAACUUGCUCGCUUAUUGACAACCUGGUCAGCAGUCUGACGACAAUGGUCGACGCGGUGGAUGUCAAAAAUGCUGCGCACCGGCUUACUGGAGAUCUCCGUGCUCUUGCGUUGGUGUACAGCAGCGGCAGCCAAGUAGAACCACCAAAAUCACUUCACCAGGCCUUGGAGACUCUUCUCACGCGCACCAGAAACGCCAGGCUCAAGGAAACUAGUCCUCAGCAGCAGGACAUUGAAGCUCCGGCCAAAAGACGUAAGUUUACUGCCAAUGAAGAGCGUGAAGAAGAAACUUCCAGAAGGAGAAGCCAGUCGCCUGUCAGUGCUGAUGAUCCCAGUGAACCGGCGACUUUUAAUCACCAAAAGCUUGAAACUGCUGCUGUGAUGGAUGUCGAGGAGAAGAGCAAGCCAGUCGGGGAUAAACAGGAGACCAAGUCUUCAGAUUCAGGUGAUGAGCGCGCCAACAAUCCCGACAAUAACAAAACAACUGCUAAAUUGUCUUCAAGUGUCGACGGUACUUCUUUGUCACCCUCGAGUCUGAUGUCUGCGUCGUCAACUGGCAGCCGAACUAACCAAAUAAUGUGUUCUAUGACAAAUGUAUCGUGGUUAGAGAUGCUUGAAAAAACAAUUGUUAAUCUUCAAGUGAUUGUGACAAUGCAAACUAAAAACAAUUAA